AGAGAUAGGGUUUCACCAUUUUCCCCAGAGUGCAAAGAGAUUUUUAAACAAACAAGUAUCUAGAAAAAAAUUAAUCUGUGGUCCGCCUACACUAAACAAACAGGAAAACUAAAUUGAGCUUUUCAGACAGAAGAAAAAUAAUCCCAAACAGAAAAAUGGAAAUCCAGGAAGAAAAGAGUACGGAUGGAAAGAGUACAUUUGUGGAUGUAUAUACAAAAAAAUAUUGACUGCAUAAAACAAUAAUAAAAAAAAAGGAAAAAGAAAAUAAGUUCCCUGGGACCCUAGAGUUAGGUUUGAUCUUCCCGGUCUCUCUCUCGCGAGAUCUGGAAACCGGAAGUGAAUUAUUUUGCAGGAGUCUACACCCAGGCGGUGGCUCUACUUAUUAAAGUUGGCGGGAGCUGAUCGAUCAGUCGGUCCUGGGCUGGCUGUGGUGUAGGGCGUUGCAGACAGCGCUCACCUCCUCAAGCCGGCAGAAUGCGGGUGGCUGUGGCCGGCUGCUGCCACGGCGAGCUGGAUAAGAUCUAUGAGACGCUGGCGCUGGCGGAGCGGCGCGGCCCGGGGCCUGUCGACCUCUUGCUGUGCUGUGGCGACUUCCAGGCGGUGCGCAACGAGGCGGAUCUACGCUGCAUGGCCGUGCCGCCCAAGUAUCGCCACAUGCAAACCUUCUACAGGUAUUACUCUGGAGAGAAAAAGGCCCCAGUUCUCACGCUCUUCAUUGGGGGAAACCAUGAAGCCUCAAAUCAUUUGCAAGAGUUACCCUAUGGUGGCUGGGUGGCACCAAACAUUUAUUAUUUAGGUUUGGCUGGUGUGGUAAAAUACCGAGGUGUAAGGAUCGGUGGAAUCUCUGGUAUCUUCAAAUCUCAUGACUAUCGAAAAGGUCAUUUUGAGUGCCCCCCUUAUAGUUCAUCUACAAUCAGGAGUAUAUAUCAUGUGAGAAAUAUUGAAGUCUAUAAAUUAAAACAGCUGAAGCAGCCUAUAGAUAUAUUCUUGUCUCAUGAUUGGCCAAGAAGUAUAUAUCAUUAUGGAAAUAAGAAGCAACUUCUUAAAACUAAAUCUUUUUUCCGACAAGAAGUGGAAAAUAACACAUUAGGAAGUCCAGCUGCCUCAGAGCUUUUAGAGCAUCUCAAACCUACUUAUUGGUUUUCUGCCCACCUUCAUGUGAAGUUUGCCGCCUUGAUGCAGCAUCAGGCAAAGGAUAAAGGACAGACAGCCAGAGCAACCAAAUUUUUAGCCUUGGACAAAUGCUUACCACAUCGAGAUUUUCUUCAGAUAUUAGAGAUAGAACAUGACCCCAGUGCUCCUGAUUACUUGGAAUAUGAUAUUGAAUGGCUCACUAUUCUCAGGGCUACGGAUGAUCUUAUUAAUGUGACUGGGCGCCUGUGGACUAUGCCAGAAAAUAAUGGCCUGCAUGCAAGGUGGGAUUAUAGUGCAACAGAAGAAGGUAUGAAAGGAGUAUUGGAAAAAUUGAAUCAUGAUCUCAAAGUUCCAUGUAACUUUAGUGUAACAGCUGCUUGUUAUGAUCCUAGCAAGCCACAGACACAAAUGCAGCUGAUUCAUAGGAUCAAUCCUCAGACUACUGAAUUUUGUGCCCAACUUGGCAUCACAGACAUCAAUGUUAGGCUUCAGAAGUCCAAGGAAGAACAUCAUGUGUGUGGUGAAUAUGAAGAACAGGAUGAUGUGGAGAGUAAUGACUCUGGAGAAGACCGGAGUGAAUAUAAUACAGACACAUCUGCUCUGUCUUCUAUUAAUCCGGAUGAAAUAAUGUUAGAUGAAGAAGAAGAAGAUGAAGAUAGUAUUGUAAGUGCACAUAGUGGCAUGAAUACACCAUCGGUAGAACCUUCUGAUCAAGCUUCUGAGUUUUCUGCAAGUUUCUCUGAUGUCAGGAUCUUGCCAGGCUCUAUGAUUGUAUCUUCUGAUGAUACGGUGGAUUCCACAGUUGAUAGAGAGGGGAAACCUGGUGGGACUGUGGAGUCAGGGAACGGAGAGGACUUAACCAAGGUGCCAUUGAAGAGGCUGAGUGAUGAACACGAACCUGAACAAAGAAAGAAAAUUAAGAGGAGGAAUCAAGCCAUUUAUGCUGCAGUGGAUGAUGAUGAUGAUGAUGAUGCAGCUUAAGAUGAUUUACUUGUUUUUGUGUUUGUUUUGUUUUUUUGAGAUGGAGCUUCACUCUUGUCACCUAGACUGGAGUGCAAUGGCGUGAUCUUGGCUCACUGCAACCUCUGCCUCCCGGGUUCAAGCAAUUCCCCUGCCUCAGCCUGCCAAGUAGGUGGGACUACAGGUGCCUGCCACCACACCUGGCUAAUUUUUGCAUUUUUAGUAGUGACAGGGUUUCACCAUGUUGGCCAGGCUGGUCUUGAACUCCUGACCUCAGGUGAUCCACCUGUCUUGGCCUUCCAAAGUGCUGGGAUUACAGGCAUGAGCCACUGUGCCUGGCCGACAAUUAACUUGUCUUAGUACUAUAUGUAGAUAUGUGAUUUUUUGGGACUGUAUUUUUAGAGCUGAAUUUUUGACUAAAGACUUAAUUUAUAAUAAUGAAGAUACACUAGAGAAUUUUAGUUAGAUAUUGACUUUAUCUUUAGGCUUUUGUAUGUUUCAGAUGCAAACAUAUUAAAGUUUCAUAUAUUUACUUGACUGGGUAUCUUUUUUUUUGAAGACAUACGUUAUUCACUUCCAUUUUUACAAUAAACACUUAUUUAACAUCUACUUUGUGCCAAGCACUCUGCUAUAAUAUGGGACCAUAAAGAUGAGUAAGAAGGAUUUUUGCCUCCAAGGACUUGUUAUCACUGUAAACAUUUUGAUGUAUACAAUAUGGCUAUAUUUUGUUUUAUAAAAUCAAGUCAUUGUAUAUAUUAUGAUGUAUGCUUUCUUUUCAUUUAUUAUAAAUAUUUUUCCUGAUCAGCUUUUAAUAUCUGUCAAAUAAAAAUUGAAAUUGAAGAUGGUAUAUAAGAAGAUUUCAGGAAAUAAACUACUUUGAAUACUAAA